AAACAUAGAAUGGACUUCUGGAAUCUGGCAAUCAGAAUAAUUUUCUUAUCACAAAUUAUAAUAGGAAUUCUCGGAAAUGUGUCUCUUUUGUUCUAUUACCUAGUCCUUUAUUAUAGAGAAUUCACAUUAAAGAGCACAGAGUUGAUUCUCAUGCACCUAAUGGUAGCCAAUAUCAUAAUCAUUUUCUCUGCUGGAGUGCCCCAAACAAUGACCAUUUGGGGAAUGAAGCAGUUCCUGAAUGAUUUUGGAUGUAAGCUUCUAUUGUAUAUUCAUGCAGUUGGUCGAAGUGUGUCCAUUUGCACCACCUGUCUUUUAAGUGUCUUCCAGGCCAUGACCAUACGUCCCCAAAAAUUCUGUGGGAAUGAUCAUAAAGUCACAAUGGAAAGAUAUCUUGGAUGUUUCAUUUCCUUCCUUUGGGUCUUGUACUUCUUGGUAAAUUUCAUUUUCCUUGUGUACACAUAUAUCAAAAAGAAUAGCAAUAAUGAGACAAGAAAACGUGAUUUUGGCUACUGUUCCACUGUAGGAAGUGAUAAAAUCAGUGACUCACUCUAUGCAACAUUGGUGAUGUGCCCUGAAGUCUUCUUUUCUGUUCUCAUUGCAUGGUCCAGUGGCUCCAUGAUUGUCAUCCUAUAUAGACACAAGCAGAAGGUUAAAUAUAUCUAUAGCACUCAUGUUUCUAGGAGAGACUAUCCUGAGUCCAGAGCCACUCAGAAUAUCCUGGCACAAAUGUUUACCUUCUUGGCUUUUUAUACUCUCUCCUCCACCUUAAGAGGUUCCAUUGCUCUCUUGUCUAAUCACAGUUGGUGGCUGAUGAACAUCAAUCACUUCACUUCUCUGUGUUUUCCAUCUUUUGGACCCUUUGUUCUUAUGAGCCAUUACUCCAUUGUUUCCAGAUUCAUUUUGUUUUGGUUAAGAAAAAACUGUUCUAAUUUUUUACUAUAAUCUGUAAUAAAAUAUAAGUAUUUCAUGCAAUCCAAUUGUAAGUUGCUUACAACUUUAAUAUCAAUAAAGAAUAUUAAGGAGGUAGGACCUUAUCCUUCUGAAAUUAACCAAUCAUAAGAAUUUUAGCAGGUGGGUUUAUAUAGUAGCCUACAUGGGUUAAUCAUAUUGUAUAUAGUCAAUUGUACUUCUUUUUAUUUGCUCAGAUGAUAGUAAACCAAUUGCCAAUAAAGCAGCCCUUCUUGUGGCUUUCAUCCUGU